UGGGCGCGCUGAGAGGCCGAGGCCGAGGGCUGGGGUCUGGAGGAGGAGGAGAGGGGCCGGCCUGGAAAGCCCAGAGUAGCUAGCGUCUUAGGGCGCUGACUGCUGAGGACGUAACUCACCUUAGCUCUUCACCUGUGUGCGUGGACCCUGCCUCGAACCUUCGCCCCCGUCUUAUCCCGUUCUCCUUUCUCCCGGCGGGGUCCGAGGUGAGGGCAGCGCGGGUCGGUGAACUUUUCCCUCAUCCCUUCGGACCCAGCGCCACUUGCUGGAUGGAGCUGGUCUUGCGAAGCUUGGCAGCGUGUCAGUCGCAGGUUCGCUCAGGUUUCUUGGGUGAAGGAUGAGCUUCUGGAUUCUCCCUGGUCGCUGGGACUGCGUCAGUUUAAACUCCAAAAGAAGGUGGCUUUUUCUCAAGCAUUUUUUCCAGUCUGUUUGGAACCCGGGAAAUGAGGAUUUUAAUUUUGGGAUUAGAUGGAGCAGGAAAAACUACAAUUUUGUACAGAUUACAGGUUGGAGAAGUCGUUACUACUAUUCCUACCAUUGGAUUUAAUGUUGAGACAGUAACAUACAAGAACCUAAAAUUCCAAGUCUGGGAUUUAGGAGGACAGACAAGUAUCAGGCCAUACUGGAGAUGUUAUUAUUCAAACACAGAUGCAGUCAUUUAUGUAGUAGACAGUUGUGACCGAGACCGAAUUGGCAUUUCCAAAUCAGAGUUAGUUGCCAUGUUGGAGGAAGAAGAGCUGAGAAAAGCCAUUUUAGUGGUGUUUGCAAAUAAGCAGGACAUGGAACAGGCCAUGACUCCCUCGGAGAUGGCAAAUUCACUUGGGUUACCUGCCUUGAAGGACCGAAAAUGGCAAAUAUUCAAAACUUCAGCAACCAAAGGCACUGGCCUUGAUGAGGCAAUGGAAUGGUUAGUUGAAACAUUAAAGAGCAGACAGUAAUUCAGUCACUUCUGCUCCUUUGAAACGAAGACCACAUCACAUAUUGCUUUGGAAACAGUUCACGUGUGCUUUACACUACUAAAUGUUUAAACUGUCUGAUUGUCAGCAUAUACCAAACUGACUGCAACAUUUGUAAUAAGUAUUAAAAAUAAGUAUUUGGUUGGAAGGGUAACUCAUCGUGAUUGAAUCAACUAAAUGUGUGUUCUGUAUAA